AUGCGGGAGAAAGUGGGGCGCGGCGGUCGUCCACGCUGCCUCAAACGGGAAGCGACACCACCUCAAAAGCACGUGUCUGAUAUAUUGUCCUGUCACAGCAGUACGUACAAACUACUGCUAUGUCUGGACAUACUAACAAACGCGUUGCAAACUCAACAUCAAGAAUCGUGUGUGGCAGUGAUUGUGUCAAGAAAGAUCCCGCGUAAAAAGUACAGAUAA